CCUCCAAAUAUAUAUCCACCUUAUGAGGAGCAAAUAGCUGCAGCAUUAGGAGAAAAAGUGACAUUGGAUUGUCAGGUAUAUGGGUCACCACCUCCUCAGGUGUAUUGGCAGAAAGAUGGGAUAGAUUUGAAUGAUGGCACAGAUAUUCAAAUUGGCAAAGAUGGAACAUUAACCAUUCUAAAUAUAACAAGUGAAUCUGGAGGAGUUUACAUUUGUGAUGCAGAAAAUGAUGUUGGAAUUUCACAGAAACUCUUUUAUUUUUCUGUGAAUGUGCCUCCAAAAAUUCUUGAAGCAUCAGCUACAAAAGUGCAACUAAUGGAAGGAGAAGAUUUCUUCCUGCCAUGCACUGCAUCUGGGUAUCCAUUCCCUGAAAUUCAUUGGCAUAAAGAUGGUCGUGACAUUAUUGCUCUUGACAGUGAUGAUCUAACAGUUCAUAACGAUGGUACUCUAAUGCUACAUUCUGUCAACCAAGAGCAUUCUGGAUUAUAUGUCUGUGUGGCUGAGAACAAACACGGCUCUGAUCAUCGGAAUUAUAUUGUAAAUGUUUUAGUUCCACCAUCUAUGAUUCAAGCUGAAGAAUCUGAACUUGAAGUGAAAGAGGGAGAAUCUUUAGUAAUUGCAUGUCCUGCAAUGGAUGCUGUCCCUCCGCCACAAAUUGAAUGGUUGAAGGAUGGGCGUCAGGUAGAUUCCCACUCAAGAAAACACUCUCUUAUGGACAAUGGCCGAGCAUUGAAAAUUAUUGAAGCUCAUCCUUCAGACAGGGGUACAUACUGGUGUGUGGCUUCAAAUCUUGCAGGACAGAGCUCAGCAUCAUUCAAUGUUGAUGUUUUAACUGCCCCAAGUUUUUCAGAAAACAAAAAUAUCAAUCAUUUGGAAAAUCAUAAUUAUGAAGUAAUUGUCGGAAAACCCAUUACUCUUAGAUGUGCUGUUAAUGGCCAUCCAACUCCAAGAGUCACUUGGAAAAAGAACAAUCACCCAAUAACAGCUCAUACUUCUCCUGGUGUGGUACUAUCAGGAGACAAGCAAAUUCUUCACAUUCCUAACAUACAUCAACAUGAUGCUGGACAUUAUCAAUGUUCUGUGACCAAUAAAGUUGGAAGCUCUAAUCGAGAUUUUAAAUUAACUGUAUUAAAACCACCAGGUUUAGUUGGGCCAAAGCAUAAGAACCUAACAGUGAUAUCAGGUUCUAAUGUAUUGCUCCAUUGUCCAUUUAUUGGAUUGCCUGAACCUUCAAUAUCCUGGAUGAAAGAUGAGAUGGAAUCACACAUAAUACUACAGACCACUGGAAUAUAUGUGUGUGAUGCUAACAACAAAGCUGGUCAUGAACAAAGGAUAUUCCAUAUUUCUGUUUUAGAGGCACCAAGUAUUUUACAACAAUCUACUCUAGAUGAAGUAUCAGCAUCUGAAGGUGAUUCAAUAGUGUUGCACUGUUGGGUUCAAGGAACUCCACAUCCACAAGUAAUGUGGAUGCAUAAUGGUCACAUGCUCCCCCAACUUCAUGGGAAGGAAAAUGAAACAUUCGAUAGCAAAAAAGAACUCAAGCUAAAAAAUGUGCAGACUUCACAAGCUGGACAGUAUACUUGUUUAGCUUCUAAUGAAGCUGGUGUUGCAGAAAAGAGUUUCCAUCUCCAUGUUAUGGUGGCACCAAAAAUGAUGCAACAAAAUGAGGAAUCCACAAAUGAAGUAGAUAACAAAGAUAAGCCUGAAUAUCUUGAAAAAAUUAAGGGAAUGCCAAUUAUAUUACACUGUCCUGUCGAAGGGAAACCUUUGCCAGAAGUGCAUUGGGUUAAGGACACUUCUGAAUCCAGUGUCAUUGGAUCUGGACCAAUAUUACAAAUCACCAACAGCCAACAUUAUCACUCUGGAAAUUAUACUUGCAUUGCCCACAAUGAAGCUGGAGUUGCUACAAAAACAUUUGAAGUUCUUGUUCAUGAGCCACCAUUGAUUAAUGCCAGUGAGCCAAAUUUAAAAAUUAAAGCUGGAGACAAACUUACUCUACACUGUGCAGUGUCAGGAUUUCCUUCUCCUGAAAUAAUGUGGUUCAAGGGGGCUUCAUCAAUUACCCCUGAUCGAUGGUCUCAUGCGACGUUUUUGAAUAAUAACUCCACACUAAUUGUGCCUGAUAUCAGAGUAAAAAAUGCUGGGCAAUAUUCAUGUUUAGCAACGAAUAAAGUAGAUGCUCCUCACAUACCGGAAUCAAUACCAGUAAAUUCAACCCACAAAGUUAAAAUGAAUCGCCGAUUAGUGCUCAAGUGUCCUUUUGAAGGAUUCCCAAUACCACAUAUUACAUGGUACAAGAAUGGCAGCAUACUUCAGAAUAUUAUUGAUAGUAGCAUUCACAUAUCAUCAGAUCAAAGACAAUUACAUAUUCUUCAUGCCAGAACAGAAGAUGCUGGUACAUACAAGUGCAAAGCCGAGAAUACAGCAGGAAGCAAAGAGCUCUUAUUUGAAAUUGAUGUACAAACAAUGGCCCAGUGGACAAAUUGGGGUUCCUGGAGUGAAUGCACUUCAUCUUGUGGCCCAGGAGAACAAGUUCGUACCCGUACAUGUGGGGAUCCUGAAUUAGAAGAUCCAUUUGCACAGAUUGAGUGUUCUGGAAUGGCUGAGGAAUGGCAAAGCUGUGAUCUCGCUGAAUGUCAGAUAAAUGGUGGCUGGAGUGAUUGGUCAUCAUGGACGUCCUGCUCCACUUCUUGUGGUAGAGGAACUCGGAGGCGUUACCGUGAUUGUAGUAAUCCCAUACCUAUGUAUGGUGGGAAAAUCUGCGUAGGUUCUGAUGCUCAACAAGAGUAUUGUCGUCAAACUCCUUGCCCAAUAAAUGGGCAGUCAGAUUGGACUCCUUGGUCAGACUGUUCAGUAACAUGCAAUAAUGGAGUUCAGCAUCGCACCAGGCAGUGUAACAAUCCCCCACCUUCAUAUGGAGGUGCCAACUGUUCAGGAAAAGCUCUGGAAAUAGUACAUUGCAAUUCAAAAGAAUGUCCACAGGAUGGUCAGUGGACAAUUUGGAGUAAAUGGUCACCUUGCUCCACUUCAUGUGGUCCUGGAAACAAACAGAGAACCAGAGAAUGUAUUCCACCAAAAUAUGGAGGCAAUGACUGCAAAGGUGAAAAUUUGCAGAUUUCCCAUUGCACAACUCGUAGCUGUGAUAACAUACCAAAUCUAGCACAAUUGCGGGUGAAAGGGACUCUGAACGGUGAAGACUUGGCUGACAGUCUUAUUGCGGCCAACAUCACUGAAGAUGGAUCUAAACGUGUUGUUCAAGCAUCAAUUAAUGAUAUUCUUAAACAACAGGCAGGUUGGUUUCCUUACCUAACUUUUAUGCUAUCUCCAAUAUCUUGGAAUACAGCUAUAGAAAAAGAUGAAGCCAAUAAUGGCUAUUCCCUAACUCAAGGUCGUUUCAAACAAGAUUCAGUUGUGGAAUUUGCUUCUGGAGAAGGUCUUAUGUUAAGACAUUUAGGGCGUGGUAUAAACGAUAAUGGAAUUCUUGAGGUGGAAAUAGAAGUCAAUGGUCAAGUUCCCAUUAUUGAAAGAACAGCCCAUGUGGUUAUCAAUCCUUUUGAAGAAAAACUCCAAGCUGAAGAGAUUGGGGUGAAAUAUAAUCCAAAGAGUCAAGAAAUGACGUCUGUAAUGUCUACAGCAAUUGGAAGAAAAUAUAAUCAAAAUACCUGCCCUGAUGGAUUUGUAUUAGAUCCACAGCAUAUGCACUGUAGAGAUAUCAAUGAAUGUUCUGAUAAACGUUCAAAUCGGUGUCAUGUAACACAAAUAUGUGAAAAUUUGUUUGGAACAUAUCGCUGUUCAUGUGAACGUGGCUUUCGAUCAUCUGCAAUAGGAAAACGUUGUGUUGAUGUCAAUGAAUGUCUUCAAAGUCCUCCAAUCUGCUCUCACCGCUGUCGCAAUACACGAGGAAGUUUUAAGUGUCAGUGUCCGCCAGGAUAUAUUCUUUUAGAUGAUGGACGAACUUGUUCAGAGGCACAGUAUUGGGAUUAUUCUGAUGAGAAUGAAGAUAUAAAUUUUGUGAGGCCCAUACCUCGUUCGGGCAAAGGUCGUAGAUGGCGACCCAGCAGGAUGCUUCCAUGGACUGUUGCAGAUGAACAAUAUUCUUGCCCUUCUGGUUAUGAAGUACUUAAUGGAGUAUGCCAUGAUGUAGAUGAAUGCAAAAAUCCCAAUAUCUGUUCUCAAAACGAAACCUGUCUCAAUAUGAAAGGAAGUUUCCGUUGCUUGGAAACACCAUGCCCUGAACACUAUGAAAGAAAUUCUGAAACAGGUUACUGUCAGAAGUAUUGUGAUGAAAAUCCUUGUGAAGAUGGAGCACUUCUUAGUCAAACAAUUACCUACAUGGUAGUUGUUCCAGAGGAAGAAGUAGUACAUCGUUACCAGGACUUAGUGCAGUUGUCAGUUCGUGGUGAUAAUGGUCAUCAACUAGCGCAUACUCGCUAUCGUAUAACUGAAAAUGAGACAGGAAAACCUUUUAGGGUGAGAUUUGAAAAUGGACAGGGUGUUCUUUACUCCUUAAAAUCAUUACCCUCUGGAAGAAUUCACAGAGUUGUCGUUCUUGCGUUAUCAUAUGAUGAAAGUGAAACUAAUAUCUUAUAUACAACAAAAUUCAUCAUAUUUAUUCAUUUACCUGAUGGUUGAGGAAUAAAAGAAUAUUUUAAAUGAUUCUGUCAUGUUUAGUAUUUAUAUUAACAAAGAAGAAAACACAAGAAAUUGAUGUCAAUUUAAAUUAUAACAAUUUAUACAUAUUUAUUAAUUAGAAUUAUUAUGUAAAAUAAUUAACUUUAGAAAAACAUUUUAAGUGGUUAAGGGGAGUCAUAAAGAAAAAAUCUGGAUUUUUGACAUUUUUGGACUUAAACAUUUUUUAAAUUUUUAGUUUUCUGAAUAAAAUGACAUACACAGCACUGUAAAAUAUAAAUCUAUCCCUUUUUUCUUCUUCUUCACUACACAUCAAAAUGACAGUCAUUUUGGUUCCAAACCUCUUAUUUACAUUAAAUCUUUUGAACAAAUUUAUCUAGAAGGCUCUGGUUGUCUCUAGGUCCUACAUUUCUUUCUUUAAUAUUGCUUACACUGCAAACCUUUAUCUUUUAUGACUAUAGAUGUGGCAAAUACAUUUCAUUUACUUGUUACAAUAACGAGGUGACUUGGAAGAAGAAGGAAUUUCAAUGCAGAUGAUGUGAAAAAUUACGUUUUGGAACACGUUCCUCUCAAGAACUACUCAAGUGAUAAUUUAAAAUUUUUUGAUGGUUUGUUUUAUUGGAGUCAAUUCAGUAAUAAUUAAUAUUUGGUAACAAAACAAGAAC